UGUGACGUACGGAACCUCCCCACAACAAUAAUCAAGCUCCUUGCAACAAUCACUUAUGAAAGGGUCUGAGGAGUUGUUGAAUAACCACGACUACAGUCUCUCCUUACACAACCACGCACGGGAAGGCGGAAAUUCCAUUCCACAUCAGCACGGUUCAGCACAUUAACAACAUAAAAUAAUAUUUGCAAUCGGGAUAUUUGCUUGUGAGAGAAAGCAUGGCAAAACGCAAAGUGGCUGCCGAAACGCUUGACAAGACUGAUACAAAGAAGCUGAAACAGGUCUCCAGGGGCAAAGCUGGUGGAACAAGAGGAAAAGUGAAGAAAGAUCCAGAGAAUGAAGAGGAGGAGGAAGUUGAGGUGAAGAGGAAGGCUAAAUCCGUUCCCCGCAUCCCGAGACCUGCCGCCAACCAUGUGACCAAAAAGACCAGCAAAUACUUCCUAGAUAAGUCCCCUACGAAGGUAUCGGAGGAUGAUGAUGAUGACAUUCCCGAUCUCGCCAAGGGCACGGCUGUAGUGCUCCAACCUGUGAAGGAGAAGGAGGAUGAAGAGGAGGAUAGUGAGGAGGAGGAAGAUUGGGAGGAAGUGGAAGAGCUGAGUGAGCCUCUGGGUCCUACUGCUCCAGCAGAGCCUGCCCUGCCCUCCCAGCCUGUGGAGAUCGAGAUCGAGACCCCCGACCUCAUACACAAGAGGCUCAAGAGGGAGAAGAAGAAGGCGGAGUUUGAGACGUACCUGCGACGGAUGGUGAACCGCUUCAACAAGGACGUGGUGGAGGACACGCACAAGGUCCACCUCAUGUGCCUCCUAGCCAAUGGGAUGUUCCGGAACAGGCUGUGCAGGGAGCCUGACCUAUUGGCUAUCACUCUGUCCCUGCUGCCCUCCCACUUCACCAUGGUGACCACGGAACGCCGGGACCAGAACUACCUCUCUGGUCUGCUGAAGUGGUUUGGGGCGACCUUCACCCUGACCCCAGAGCUACCCUGCGAGGAGCGUCCGGACCCCCGGGCCGUGCUGGAGCGCAGGCUAGGCAGCCUGACGGUCAGAGACCACCAGGAGAUGACCCACCUGUUCCUAUUGGUUUUGAGGUCGCUGCAAUUCUUCUGCCGAUUGGUCAUCUCUCUUCAGCCACUGUCCAUGAAGCCCCCAGCGACCAAGGGAAAGGCAAAAAGCAGCCCCCCUGGAAAGAGCCCCCCUGAGAAACCUCCCAAGACCAUCCCCCCCUCUGACACCAAGCCCUCCCCCGGGACCAAGAGAUCUGCCACUGGGGGGAGCGGGGGAAGAGGGGGCAAGAAGCCAAAGAAGGAGGCGUCAACAGGGGUUAAAGAGGAGGAGGACGGGAAGAAGGAGAGGACCACAGUAGGAGGAGGUCAAAAACCCAAGAACUCCACGCGUCGGAGCGUGGCCUCGAAGGUGAGCUACAAGGAGCAGAGCAGCGAGGGGGAGGGCCCGAGCGAGGGGGAGGAGUUUCAGCUGACCAGUGAGGGGGAGAGCGAGGAUUCGGAGGGCGGGGCUCGCCGAGGGAAGCCGGGCAAAGGGAAGGGCAAGACGCCGGCGCGGAGGAGGAGUGGAGGGAGAAGAAACGCAAAGUGUGAAGGGGACGAUGAGGACUGCGAGGAAGAGGAGGAGGAGGAGGAAGAGGAGGAGGGGGCAGGGAAAGCCAAGGGAGCGAAGCAAGGGAGGAGGAAGAACAAAGGCCCGGGGGCAGACGAGUGGCUGGAGGUGUACCUGGACAAAACGGGCUCCUGGGUGUGUGUCGACGUCUGCCAGGGGGUGGGGCAACCCCAGCUGUGUUCCCAGAGUGCAACGCAGCCGCUGACGUACGUGGCGGCCGUGGACGACGAGGGGAACCUGAAGGACCUCAGCAGGAAGUACGACCCCAACUGGAUGACGUCGUCCAGGAAGAGGCGCGUGGACGAGGAGUGGUGGGAGGAGACCCUGGAGCCGUUCCUGGGGGAGGAGACCGAGAGGGACCUGCAGGAGGACAAGGAGCUCCAGGCCAGACUGCUGGACAGGCCUCUGCCCACCUCAGUGGCCGAGUUCAAGAACCACCCUCUGUACGCUCUGGACAGACACCUGCUCAAGUACGAGGCUCUCUACCCCCCCACGGCGACCAUCCUGGGGUACUGCAGGGGAGAGCCGGUCUACUCCAGGGACUGCAUUCACACGCUGCAUUCCAGAGACACCUGGCUAAAGGAGGCCAGGACUGUUCGUCUGGGUGAGGAGCCCUACAAAAUGGUUAGGGGUUUCUCCAAUCGCUCCAGGAAAGCCAGGAUGAUGUCAGAGGAAAAGGACAAAAAUGACCUCCCUCUGUUUGGGGACUGGCAGACGGAGGAGUACCAACCGCCCAUAGCCGUAGAUGGCAGGGUGCCUCGUAAUGACUAUGGGAACGUGUACUUGUUCAAGCCCUGCAUGUUGCCAGUGGGCUGUGUCCACCUGCGCCUGCCCAACCUGCACAGAGUGGCCAAGAAGCUGGAGAUGGACUGUGCUUCUGCCAUCACCGGCUUUGACUUCCACGGUGGCUAUUCUCACGCUGUGACCGACGGCUACAUCGUGUGUGAGGAGCACGAGGAGAUCCUGCGUGCGGCCUGGGUGGAGGACCAGGAGAUCCAGAAGCAGAAGGAGAAAGAGAAGCGUGAGAAGCGGGCUGUGUCAAACUGGACUCUGCUGGUGAAGGGCCUACUGAUCAAAGAGAGGCUGAAGCGGCGCUACGGUCACCAAGGCCCCAAGGAUGGAGGGGGGCUUGGCCAGGCCAACAGCCAGGACAGGGAAGGCAAAGCUGGGCUAUCGUCGGACGAGGAGGAGGAGGAUGGUGGUGAGGCUAGCGGUCCUGCUAGCCAGACUGCUGCUGUUACCUUUGCCCAGUCCUGGCCCCAGAACAGGCAGGAGGAGCAGGACCAGGGUUCAGCCAGUGGAGCGAAGAAGAGUACCACAAAACGAGAGAAAAGAGGCCAGCAGAAACACAUGUUCCCCUUUGAGAAAGUAUGACUUCAAACCCUCCAUCACAUCUAACUCUUAUCUGGGACAAAAUGUGUUCAUGUAUACUUCCAAAAGAGCAAACCAGGAGUUUCAGUUUCAUCUCCAGAUCAUCUGUUGUGUGAUGCUAACUUUGUGGUUUUGAACAUCACUGUGGAGGUUUAUCAGAUAGUAUGUCAUUUUGACUGUAGUAACAGUCAUCUCCUCUUGCUUUGUAAGAGGAGAUGUAGGAGUCCCCCUCCUACUGGAUGUUCAACUGAACCUGAAACCGCCGGUCCUCACUGCCCUCCUCCUGUCCCACGGGUGGAUAUAUUUAGAGGAAAAUACUCAUUUUCUGUGUGUGUGUGGGGGGACUAUAGUGUGUUUCUGUGUCCUGUGUAUUAAUAAUGGAUAACAUUGUUGAUGUUUUGUAUCAAAUCUAUUUUUUCAAAAAACGUA